CGACAAUGGCCAAGCUAGUUCUUUGUGGACUGAGCGGUAUUGGAAAGCUUGAUGAUGCUUCACAUGCUGCUCAACCUUUAGGUCCAGCUUAUGGCUCAAUUGACAUUCACAAGAGUAUUGGUAAGUCGAGCAAUAUGUCUCCUACUUUGGCUUAUAUGAUGAUUUGCGUAUUAUCUUUGUUUCAACCCCAUCUGAAAGUACAAAAUUGUACUCUUUGAUUAUAACUGCGCAUAUAAUAUCUGAAAUAAGCUUUACUGCUUUUUGUUGCUUUGCUUGCAAUCACAAAAGAAUGUUUGAACUGUCUG